AAAUUAUCCAUUAUGUUCAGCUGGAUGAACCAUUACUUCACUUUAUGGAGUUUAAUGAAAGUUUGUUAAAAGUGAUACUUAUGGAGGAAUUUUUCUAUACAGGCUUUCCCCCAUUUUCUGAAUGCUUGGCUGGAGCAAGAGAAAUAUGGCAAGCUUCAAUGACCCGUAUUGCCCCAGAAGGUGGCUACUUUGUUUUAUCUGCACACCAAUUCUGCAGAAGGGAAAACUGUAUGUUUUCACCAGAACGUAUUUCUGGAGGUUCAAAUGGUGAUAUAUCCAUUGAUACAAUCUUAUGCAGUGCUGGUAGUGUUACUAUAUCACCUUCUGGCCGGGAGCAUUCUGCUGACCUUUAUCUUGGAUUGAUUGUUAGAGCAAAGCUAGAGUUUAGAGGAAUUGGGUGUUGAGUGUGACCAAACUCUAUCGAGUUGACUCCGGAUAUACCCAACCUAAUGGUAGAAGUUCUUGAUGAGCUGCAAUAGUGAAUUAGCUAUGUAAAAAAUUGUGUUAUGGAAUUAACUUCUCCUAGUCAUACAGCUUAUUAGGCUUUGUAUAUCACUUUUGUGAUGUUUAGAGAUGUACAAUGGUUGGAUAGUAGCCACGAUUCGUCACACACUUUGAAGCAAUCAAACAUUUGGUUUAGAUUAGCAUGUAUAGUUUAUGAAUAUGUUAGUCCUGGAAUAUUUGCAAUUGCUGUGAUGAUCUUUCCUAUGUAUACUAAAAUGAUGCUGUAUUUUUUUGAAUUUUUUCCCUAACUUUUUUGGAUUUUGGCCUUUUUGCGUUGAUUGAGAUAAAAGUAGUCAAAUUUUGUAAUAAUUGAGGUGAAAAUUA